GUUAGUUAGUAAGUUACUGAAAAUGGCGCUGUCCAUGACUCAUUUGAUUUUGCAAUGCAUGAAGAAAUGGAACAGCAUCAAUUUGUCAACGUGACAUCACCUUGGAAUGUCCAGGGUCCCUAUGAUAUCAACUGUAUUCUUCAGAUUCAUCAACAAGAUGAAAGUUCAGAGCUGCCGCUAGCUUCAACGCAUAGCAUCAAGUUAGUUCCCCCGCCGUCAACAAAUGACAGCGACGAGGGAACCACACCGUCUUGCCAGCUAGUGUUGACUUGCCGACCUUGCAUCGCCGUCACAUCGAUUGAGAUCAUCAGCAAUGCCAGGCACGUUGAACUGUACGACAAUCUGGACUCGUACUGCUGCACGGUCAGGGGAGAGAGACUGGAAGACGGAGGGGCAGACCAACAGACAGGCCUGGUCUCGUACUUGGCCAACUUGACUGCCGAAGGCCCCUUGCCACUUUGCAGGUUGAAGUUUCUUUCUUUGACCGACAAAUGCCAACUGGCGCUCAGCAGACUUCGGGUGACCACCACAAGGACAGAAGGGGAAUCGUAUCGUAUGACUGGAAGUCGGAGCAUCGAUAUGACCAAAGUGCGGGACAUCAUGUCUACUUUGCAGCAGCCCAUACCAGACAAUGUACAGAGCCUGAUGCAGACAGUGGAACAAUAUCAGAAGAACCAAGCCUCUGUCCUGGAAGAUUUCCAACAGGCAGCGACGGCGCGGCUGACAUCGUCUGGCGAUUCCAAGGCCUCGCUUGCAUCCAACAUGGCCGGGGUUCUCAACGCCUUCUCCAAAGCCACAGCGCUCCAGCAGCAGAUGGCCAGGACUCAGACGACGGGUAACCCUGCUGUCCCUGGCGCUGCCCCAGCGGAUUCUCGCAACCCUCCUCAACCCAGUGACGGAUCGCCUGCCACAGCCCGACCCCCAAGCAUGGACACCUUAGCCAAACUGAUGACGUCAUUUGGCAUGGGAGGGGCGGAGCCUGGGGCUAAGGCCACAGAGGGUGGGGCACUGAGCGAGAAUCCGGACAUGCUCAGUGCACUGCGGGCGAUGUGUAGGGACGUAAGUCACAUGAGGGCAGCAGACAGGGAAGCUGCUGAGAGGUCGUAUGGACCAGAGAGAAGAGGCGAUCGCGAGGAAUGUUCUACUACCCAUGAAAAUGCCAGACAAGUUGACAAAUCCCCCCACCGCAAUGGAAUGGUCGAGCUAGAGCAGAGGCUCAUGGGAUACAUUGCAGCCAGCGAGAAGAGGAUCAUGGGAAGACUGGAUCAACAAAUGGAGCAACUGCGAGACCACGUAGACUUGAGAUUCAACAAACUAGAAUCGUUACUCGAAGGCAGCGGAAGAAACUCCCCAGUGAACGUUGAUACAGGCGUUGAACUCGUGACAGAAGAACUAGACUGAUAUUGUGCUCAGUGUCGACAAACUGAAAUUUUAUUUUACUUUGGUUAAGUUAAAGUGCACUGCACAGAAUUUUUACAAAUUUACACAUAUUUGGAUUGCUGAAUUACAAUUCAAAAUAACUGAAUCGUUUUAAAAGUAGGGUCACUCUUUGUACUUGAAUGCAGAACAUCAACUACAAAUUAAGUUUCUGAAAAUAGUUGACAUAUUUAAAAUAAGGUGACAAAUGCAAAAUAUUAACGACUGAGUUUCUUUUGUUUACCUUCUGUUAACAUAAAGCAAAUACUGAAUCAUGAUAAACUCGAAAAAAAAUUCUAAGUCACAAUAGCUUGGUAUGAAAACAAUUUGCUACCUAUUUUUAUCUCAAUUUCUUUUUGUGUGGGAAAACUGCACAUAUUUUCCAGUUACCUCAUACAAAUAAAAAGCUGCAUGAUGAGUGAAAUUAUUAUUAUUACAUCCGUUUUUAUUUGAUUAGAAAUAAAAAGUUGACCAUAACCUACUUGUGACGGUAAAGUUAGAGCUUGAGGUGUUUAAGUUGGGCCUUGAAGCUGGUUCAUGAUAAGUGUGAGAGUGAAUGCUCAAGCGAUUU